AUGGCUUCCGAACGUUAUGAACGACGGCAUUGCAUUGGGCGCGGGUCUUUUGGAGACGUUUAUGAGGGCGUCGACACGGAAACGGGGAAUCCGGUGGCCAUCAAAGUAAUUGAUUUGGAGAACGUGGAAGAUGAUAUACAAGAUAUACACAAGGAAAUCCAAGCACUUGCCGGCUGCAAAUGCAAAAAUAUUACAGAAUACUAUGGUUCUGUGGCACCGCCUGGAACCGCGGAGCUGUGUAUUAUCAUGGAGCUCAUGGCAUGCUCCGUUUCUGACCUGGUUCAGCACGGUCCUCUAGACGAACCUUGUAUUGCGUACAUCCUGUCUCAGGUUCUUAACGCCCUGGUGUAUCUGCAUUCGGAGCGCCGCAUCCACCGCGACAUAAAGGCCGCAAACUUGCUAUUGUCUCGGACCGCCGAGGUGAAAAUCACCGAUUUUGGCGUAUCGGGUCAGCUGACGGGGACCUUGGGUUACCGGCGAAAGACCUUUGUGGGCACACCCUUUUGGAUGGCGCCGGAGGUCAUUGAAACCUCGGAGGAAGGCUACAGCGAAAAGGCUGAUGUGUGGUCUCUGGGUAUUACCACCAUAGAGAUGGCCACCGGCGCGCCGCCGCACGCCGCUCUGCACCCCAUGCGGGUGCUGUUCCUCAUCCCCACUAGGCCGCCGCCCCAGCUUGAGGGCGACUUUUCGCCCGAAAUGAAGGAUUUUGUGACGAAGUGCUUGCAAAGAGAUCCCGGCGCCCGGCCGGCGGCAAAGGUGAGUCAGACCGACGGGGCAGGCAGGGUUGGACGGCAUUGGAGGUACCGGUGGACCUGUGCCAUGCAGCUCAACAGGAAUGGACAAGGGCUGGAAUGGUUUUGA